AUGUUGGUUGGUACCCCUCACCUGCUGACACUGGAUGAAGCUGAUGCUACCUGGACCCUCAUCAAAGAUAAGGUUACAGAGGAGCGCUUUGGGCCCAAUGUAGUGGCAGUACCUUUCCUGUCGGAUGCAGCCUGCUUUGACCUACUGGGUGUGCUAGUGAAACAGUCCCGCCCAGCCCACACCCGCCUGGCUCUGCCAGGACGGCAGGGCCGGCGGGCACUACAACCAGUGGGGCCACUACCGAACCUCCUGGAGCAGGCAGGCUCUGAAGGUGCCUUUGCCCACUGCACUAGAGAAUACUCACCAAAUGGCCGGGCAGAGACAGCCUAUGAAGAAAUGCGACUGUUGGAUGGGCAGCCCUGCCGGAUCCGCUUACAUAUGGGUGGCCUGCGCAAGAAGGUGGCCUUCCUGCUGCUGCCACCAGGGCAGGUGAGCCUACAGCAGACUCUUCCCUGGCUCCGAAGCACCCACAGCAUCUACGUCAUCUACCAGGUCUUCUCCUGUUCCUGGCUACAGCUGGGGCUGCUGCCUACAGCCCGUGAGCCCCAACUGCUCUGGUUACAGCGGUCACUGCCUAUUGCCUUCUCCUGCCUCAAGUUUUCACUGCAGCCCAAGGGAGUGCUGGGACCACAGAAGCCCCUGAUCAAAGACCCACUGCCCCAUGGGGCCAGUUGGGUCAGACCCGACCUCAGCAUCAUGCCACCUCCGGCCCCCCCGUCAGCCCCUGCUGAUGUCCCCGAAGCUGCUGAUGUGCCCUCACCUGGCCCAGCCCCACCUUCACCACCUCCGCAGGAAGUGCCAGAGGGCAGACCACCCAGAUUCUCCUACAAGGGCCGAAACCCCUUCCGAAGGGGGCCCCAGAUGCUGUCAGAGAACUGGCUCUUCAGCCCCCGAAGCCCCGCACCAGGAGCCCAGGGUGGGGGACCCGGGGACCCCGAGCGGCACUCCAUGUCCCUGCCCCUGCUGCAGGGUCUGUCCUCGGAGUUCGACAGCGACGAAUAA